AGCUAGGCAGGUAUAGGGUAUUGUACAUUGAGCUAGCUGGAUAUACCAAGAUAGGUACCUAAUCAGAGGCAACCGAGUCAUGGUGGCUGGUCAUAGGUCCUCCCUUUUCUAGAGUUCAGAACGGGUCUGCGUCAAACUUCAAAGUGUUCGAGCAGCACAUUGUUUGAACGAGCUGAGGACGCAAAAUGCUGCUAGCUGAAUGAUCUGGGCACUGGGUAAUGUGCAAGCGUUGACAUGGCCGCUUGAUGGGCUUCCUGGUUGGGGGACGAGGCGAAUUGCAGCGGGUUCUGGCGCUCUCGAUUUGUUUAGGCACACGGUCCCUUGUGUGCCGACAUGGGUUCCGCAAAGGGGCCUGUGUCCUUGCAGGCGGGUGACCUGAGCACGGUGUGUGGCAUGUUCCAGGCAGCACUGGCGGCCAAGACCAGCUGCAUUGACAGCCUGCAGGCGGUUGUAGGGCGGCAGAGGGAGGAGUUGGCGCUUGCGUGGUCGAGCAUCGAGAAGGAGAGGCAGGCGCGGGGCGUUGCGGAGGAGGGAGUCAAGGCGUUGCAGUGUGCCCUGGACAAGAGCCGGGAGGAGCUGCGCAAGGAGAUGCUCACGCGGCGGGGGGACCACCACAAGUUGCUGCAGCAGUUGUCGUGUGAGUGGGAGGUGCUGGCGGUGCUGGAGGAGGAGCAGGGCCGGCGCGAGGCAGCCGAGAUGGCGCUCGCGCUCACGCAGCGCUGGAUGGAGCGCACCCUUCUUCGAUGCCAGCAGCUGCAGCACCAGCACCGACUGCAGCGCCAGCAGCUCAAGGCUGCACAUGCCGAUUGCGACGCGCGGUGGCAGGCGUGGGCACGCCACGCCGCUGCAGAGCACGAGCAGGUGCGCCAGCUGUGCGAGCACGCCGACGUCGACCUCCCUGACUUCCUGUCAAUCCUUCAGCAACAUGCAGACUCUGGCCCGCCCACUGAUGCCUGGGGGGCCAAAGCGGCAGGGAGGUCACAAGCAGGCAUGGAGAAGGACCCAGUGCAUGACGGAGACUGCAAACCCGAUGCCGCAGGCAAAGCAGCCAGCUUGCCUGGGUCGCCCAGAGCGUUCAGCAAGCACUCGGGGAGCUUUGGGAAUGAUCAUGGGGAAAAGGGAGGCGAGGUUCCGAAUGGUGGAGACACCCCACCGCUGAGCAAGAGCAGUAGCUGGUCGGACCUGAGUGUGGGGGGCAUGCCCCGGAGCCAUCUGCGAGCAACGGGGGACAGCGGGACUCCUGAGAGAAGUAGCUCGCCAGGCGUGCAGCAGCGGCCAGCGGGCCGUGAACAGCAGGAGGACGACUUGGGCGGCGUACGACGGUCGUUUGAGUUUGCUCCGCCACUGGAAGCGCAGGACGGCAGCGAGUUGCAGCCAGCGGCUUUCUGGGGCAAGGUGCAGCAGGUGCCGUUCCGGCGGGAGUUGAGCGGUCCGAGCGCGGUCUUGGACAGGAAACCGGCUAGGAGCCCAAACAAGACUCCUCGAUCGACCGCAAACAAGGUGCAGUCAAACGAGUUUGGAGGACUUGUGAGGAGAAUAGUCAGAGGCAGUGUCUCGCCGCUAGAAGCGAAGGUAGGGAAGUUAAACUCGGGGUUGGACCAUGCUGCAAGGGGGCCCGAUGUGACCGGCAGCAAGUCGGCCCCAACGAGCCCCCUGAGAAGAUCGUGUGCAGCAAUCUGGAUAGGUCCUUCACAGGGUUUGAAAGAUCUGGCUUGCAAUGCUUUCCCUGUCGGGGACGGCAACAGGCGGAGCCGGGUUGAGAAGUCCCGGGGAAGCUGCGUGCACCGGCAGUGUGGCGAUCAGGGCCAGGAGUCGACCUCCAAGAGAAGCUUGGUCAUGCGGUAGAGCAAGGAACAGCAAGUCGUCCAGCUAGCGGCUCAUUUCAUGAAUGGCCAUAUGGACUUGGCAGGUUAGGCAUGAACUCCUACUGGUCGAAUUGCUUCGCGCCUGAUAGUGAAGGUGUGCCUGAUCAGGAGUUGGGGUUGCAUGUGUGAGGUUGAAGAGUUAGAGAUCUCAGCUUACGAGUUGUGUGUUUCAUAGGAACAUUCAAGUGGGCGGCUGCAAUGCUGGCUUGCCACCCCCCAUAAUUUGCACUGAGGUUUGCGUGGUCACCGCCAG